AUGGAGUAUUCUAAGCUGUUCGGUGUUCUGGCCUUCAUCUGCUUUAGUAUCCCCAUGAUGACAUCUUCUUCUGAUAUAAUGUUUAGUGCUGGGUUGAAAUUAAGCGUGAAUCUAACGCGGAGAUCAGAGGGAGAUUUCAGUUUUGCCAAACGAUUGAGUGGGGCGGUGGAUCGAAGUAAGAUACGAUUGAAUAGGAUAGAGGCAUUUCUAAAGCAGCGGAUAGCUGGGCAAUUAGAUGCUGAAACGCCCAUUCGCGUGGGAAAUGGAGAAUUUCUCAUGAACAUUGCAGUGGGAACACCCUCUGUGAGUUUCGAAGCGAUUGUUGACACGGGGAGCGAUCUGAUGUGGACUCGGUGCAUGCCUUGCCAGAACUGCUACAAUCAGCCUACGCCAAUCUUCGACCCCUCCAGAUCGUCUACGUAUUCCACAAUUCCUUGCAAUAACUCUCUUUGCAAUGCUUUGACCACAUUUAAAACUGGAUGCAAUCCAGAUUGUACAUUUCAGUAUAGCUAUGGCGAUGGUUCUAGCACCAGCGGUGACCUGGGUAAGGAGUCAUUCUCCAUUGGCAGCGGCAGCGACAGUAUGUUUGCAGGCAUUGCUUUUGGAUGCGGCCAUGACAACGAAGGAUUCUCUCAGCAGGGCGCCGGUCUUGUAGGCCUGGGAAGAGGUCCUCUCUCACUCAUCUCACAAUUAGGCUCUAAGGUAGAUAACAAAUUCUCUUACUGUCUUUUGCCCAUCACCGAUUCUCCUUCACAAACAAGCCCUCUAAUUUUUGGUGAGAGUGCUUCCUUGCGCGGAGCCAACACGAUCCCAUUCAUUAAGAACAAUGUGAAUCCUUCUUUCUGGUAUAUUCCUCUUACAGGAAUCACCCUUAAUGGGAAGCCCGUAAAUAUUCCUCCUGGAAUUUUUGAUCUACAAUCGGACGGUGGAGGAGGUGUGAUCAUCGACUCGGGAACCACCCUUACCUUUCUAUUCGAGCCUGCCUACACUCCUCUGAAGGAAGCAAUUGAGUCCGCCAUUGAUCUUACUCCUGCAGACGGAUCUUCCGUGGGGCUGGAUCUGUGUUACGAGACAUCAGGUCAGGUCACCUUGCCUUCACUCGCUUUCAACUUCGAAGGCGGCGUGAAUUACGAGCUUCCACAAGAGAACUUUUUCACUCGUGCAUCUGACGAUCUCUUGUGCCUCGCCAUGAAGAGUUCAUCAGGGAUGGUUUCCAUCUUCGGAAAUAUUCAACAGCAGAACUUCCAAAUCCUUUACGACAAUGCUCAGAACACACUCUCCUUUAAGCCCACUAAAUGUAAUUCUCUUUGA